UAAUUAGUUCGUGGUUGACUUCACUCAUCGAAGUUAAUUGAUAGAUGAAAAUGAGAGAAUAAAUGCAAUAUUGGAGUGUGUAUAGAGUAGUGGAAAGCUAAGAAUAUUGAAUCUCGACCAGCCGAGUAGAAAUAUCAAAUAUAUAUCUCUUAUCUCUGUAUAUAGCUGGUUUCAGUCUCAGUCUCAGCUCCUAAUAUUUAUUUAUUGCUGAGUUAAUUUAUAAUUUCUGCUCGACUGCUUGAGAUUCAAUCUUCUAUGCAAAUCACUCAUUAUAUAGUGUACCUGAAUGCUUUUACAUAUGUGAUAUAUGUCACUCUCUUCAAAGAAAGCUUGGAAAAUCAACAUCUCUCCAAAUCUUAGCUAGGUAAAGCCCUAGCCGUUCUCCACUUCAGUUGUUCCCUUCCUCUUCACUUCACUGAACCAGUGAUAUUAUCUCAAUUGGGUUAUCCAAGCUUAUCAGAUGGAGAGAGAAUCAGAUGAUAAAGUACCAUCUAAUGUUCAAAAGGUUGAGCCUUCUAAGAAGGCUAAAGGUCGACUGAAAAAAGAUUCACGGAAAGGCAAAGUUGAACAUGUUAUGGAACCUUCGAAAGCUCCACCAUUAAGAAGAUCUCCAAGGAAAUCUAAAGAUGAUAUUGAAUUGCCUAAAGCCGAUGUUGUUUCUCAGAAACACGGUUGUAAAAAAGUGAGUAAGAAGGAUACGAAUGUCCUUCCAUCUGCGAGUGAUGAUGAUUUUGAAACCGAAAAAAUUGUCGCAAAACCUGUUUCAACUAAGAAAAGAAAAGUUGUUUCUGAUGACGCUAGUGCGUCAAAGAAAAGAAAAUCAAAGAAUGUUGGGGAACAUUCUAACUUGGAUAAAGUUUGUGAGCCUAGGGUUGCUGAUGAUUCGAAGGUUGUUAAUGUUGCCAAGAAAGGCAAGAAGAAACCAGUUUCAAAAUCGCUCGGCAAGAAGAAGAGCGAGGCUCCUUCCGUUGAUAUUCCUUUGGUUGAUCGAUGCUCUGCUCUGAGUUUAAGAAUGCGUUUUCUGGUUUAAGGUGAGAGCUUCAUUGCUUAUCAGGUGCGAUGUUGCAGGUUGCUUCUGUGUGUUUGGCCAUGGCCAUGGCUGUUUUUCAGAUCAGUUUUGUUUGAAUCAGAGAAUAAAUUUGGACAGGGAGAAGUGAUGAAUUGAAUCGGAGAAGAUGAUGAAGUGAAGAGAGAAUCGCAGUAGAGAGAGAAGAGAGAAUCUCAGUAUCGCAGUAAAGAGAGAAGAGAGACUCGCAGUAGAGAGAGAAAGAAUCGCAGGAGAGAGAAAAUUGUGUACAGAUUUUGUUUAUAUAUGGUUAAAAAUAGUAAAUUUUAUUCAUUUAAAAUUAGUUUCUGUUUUUAACUUAUUAUAUGGUUUUUUUAAAAAAAAAACCAUAUUUGUAGUUUGCUUCCUUAGUUAAUGCCAUAUUUUGUGGCAUUUAGUUUUGUUGCCAUAUUUAUCAUAAGAUGACUCAUUUUUCCCAUAUUUUUGAAAAUAUCCCAUUUCUUUAAUUAUUAUCAAAUAUUUUAAUAUAUUAAUAGGUUAAUUUCACAAAUGCACAAAAAAAAAAAAAAAUAACAAAAAUACGGUUUCACGGAAUUUUUUAAAUAUUUUUUACAAUUUUUUUGAUUUUAUUUACAUAAAAUAAGGUCUUUUUAUGUUGAAAUUUUGUUCAUUUGUUGUUAAUUUUUUGUUAUAUGUAUGCUAUUUUUUAUUGUUUUUUUGUUGUUAUUUUGAUGUUACUUUUAUGUUACUUUCUGGUUGAUUUUAUGUUAUUUUCGUGUUAUUUUUUAGAAAACCGUAAAAAUGUAAAAAAACAUUCUUUGAACGUAAAAAUAUAAAUAUUUUACAAAAAAUUGUGUCUUAUGUAAUUAUUCCUAUAUUAAUCACGUUUGGUAGUAUUCUUAUUUUUUUAAUUGUUAAUCACAAACUUUAAGUAUAAUUUUAUUUCAGAAAAAUAAAAAUGCGUUCUGUAACCACUUUUAUUUUUCAAUUUUAAAAAUAGAAAAUAAAAGUGUGUGCUGUAAAGUUUAUUUUCAUUUUUAUUUUUAUUUUUUAAUUUUAUUUACGUCGGGUCUAAGUCCGGGGUCGAAUUUGGAUUAAGGUCAGAGGAUGGGUUCAGCGCCAGAGCCCUGGGAGGAUUUGGGUUCGAGUCUGAUCGAAGUCCAAAAUAUUAAUUAAGAAAAAAAAAAAACUGUUUAAAAAAAUAUUGAAAGUAAUUUUUUUUAUUUUUAAAAUUUUAAUUCUCAAUUAAAAAAUUAAAAAGUAAAAAUAAUUUUAUAGAAUAUGUUUUUAAAAAAUAUUUUUCAUUUUUCUAAUUUUAAAAUGAGAAAACUAAUUAAAAAAGUAUAAUUAUAUCAGUUUUUUCAAUCUCUCUUUCCUAAUACAUGCAAUAGUUUCGAAAAAGAAAAAGGAAUAACAAAUAUAUGUCAAUUUCCCCCGUUGAACAACAGAGAGAUAAUUAGCUACCCAUCUAAUUUAGUUAGCUUAACCAAGAUAAUUAACUAUUUUCAUGGACGCAUGUUCACAUAACAUAAAAUGUUAAGUUCAAAAGUAAAAUUUGUUACAAUAUAAUUAUCAAGAAAAUUAGACACAAUCAACAAUGGUAGUCAAUUGGGUAAAUAGUCCUAGCAAUAUUGUAUUUAAUUCUAUUAAUCUUGAUGUUUCAUACAAACAACAUCGUUUAAAGUAAAAACAACAAUUUCUAUUUUCAUAAAAAAAAUGUUAAAAAAUUGUCCACCCGUACGUAUUUUUAUCUUUUCAGAUAUUUAUAAAAAAAAAAUCCUAAAAAUUAAUAAACUCAAAGUAAGAACUAAUAAUAACAUAAGAUGGCUAGAUAAAUUAGCAUUUCAUUUCACAAAAAGCCUACAAAGACAAACCAUCCUCCCGACUCUCACUCAUACACUCUCACUCAUUACAUUCUAAUGGAAAAGGUCACAACAAGAUAAAUAAAGCUCUACUCUACUCUACCUAAAACCCUUCAAAAGCAUAUUACAAACUUAAUUUCUCACCUAGACUCUAGAGUAUAGUAAUAAUUAACUAUACUAUAACUCAUUACACACAUAUAACACAUCACUUCCCUUUUUUCACAAUAAAGGGAAUUAAUAAUUAAUCACUUUUAAUGAUACUUGCCAUCUUUGGUCAUCAUUCUCCCAGUGGCACCACAAGCAAGAGCCUCACUAGGUAUGCCCCUAACAAAACGACCUUCAAUAUCAAAAAUCACUCCCAUACCCAUAUGCAAAUGAGGCUCAAUAUGGCAAUGGAAAGCCCAAACUCCACGAUUGUCCGCCACAAAUCGAAGGGCAGUCCAUCCGUAAGGGAAAAUCACAGCCGUGUUUCUUAAAGGCGGGUUCUUUAGGUUAAGCUUUUUCUCAUCAUUCUUUGAAAACUUACCUUCUCCGUAACCCAAAACCCAAAAGUCAUGGCCGUGCAAGUGCCACGGGUGAAUUUCGCUAACAUUGGCUUUUAUAGCAUUCGUGUUUUGGAGUAUAACAUCCACCGUUGAUUUGAACUUGAGCCUGUAGACCCCACUGCUAGUUGUUGUGUUGGUGUUGACAGGUGGCUUCAUGAUGUCAUAAUUGGCCGGGUAGCUUUCUGGUGGGCUCCUCUGAUCAAAGGUAUGGUUCAGUAAAAAUUUGACUGAGCCCAAAUAUGGGGUGGCUGGUAGUACUAAAGAGACAUUGUUUAUGGCCCACUUCGUGUGACCGUUGAUCAUGUUUUGUGUGUUGAGGAGGAUCAUCCUACGGUUGUAAAAUCUUGGAGGUUUUGGGGAUCCCAUUCGGGCCAACACGCUUUUUGAAAAGGUUUUACUGUGGUUAUAAUCAUCCCAUCUUGGUGUUACUGGUGGAGGUGAAACGGGGAGUUUUGAUGCUGAAUUUGGGAGGUAAUUUAAGAGGGUUAGACCUUGUGGGGUCUUUGGUUCUCUCCCUCUAACUCCAACUGAGACCCAGUAAUUGUUUUUAGGGUUUUGAUUUGUGGUUAUUAGGACUGAGUAACUUUCCCCUG